GAUGUCUCGAGGAUGCCGCCACGCUCGAUUCGACGACGGGCCGCUAUAGCUCGUGGGCAAUUGACGCGCAGAGAGGCGGCCCCGUGAUUCACUGAUGGUGUUUCAAAGGCUCGUCGCACCGUCGAGUUAGUCGUCGCGAGAACGCAAGAUGCUGGCCCGCUGUGAUAUUUUUCGCGUCGAAGUACUUACACUCGCGUGUCUGCUGGUACGUUUGCCGAACAGCAUAGCAGAGGAAGUGAAAGAAGGCGCCCUUUCGCUCGCGAGUAAAAAUAUCGAUGCUACGUUAGCUGAGAAUGAACUGGUGUUCAUCAACUUUUACGCACAAUGGUGUCGCUUUAGUAAUCUAUUAGCUCCAAUAUUUGACGAAGCUGCAGACAAGGUUAGAGAAGAAUUUCCUCAGCCUGGGAAAGUAGUAAUGGCCAAGGUGGAUUGCGAUCAUGAAACGUCUGUGGCAUCUAGAUUUCACAUAACCAAAUAUCCAACAUUGAAAGUAAUAAGAAACGGGCAACCAACCAAGAGAGAAUACAGGGGGCAGCGCUCGGUAGAAGCAUUCCAAGAAUUUGUCAGAAAACAGUUGGAAGACCCUAUUAAAGAAUUUUUCAAUUUGAGGGAGCUCGAGCAACUUGACGAUAAAAAGCGCAUGAUUAUAGGAUACUUUGAAAGGAAAGACGUACCGGAAUACGAGUUGUUUAGAAAAGUCGCCACUAAUUUGAAGGAUGAUUGCCAGUUCUACGUUGGUUUUGGCACGUGCUCCAAUCAAAACUGUGAAAUUGGGCAGCAUUUACAUUUGCUGAAUGCAAGUAAAGCAAUGCAUCCUCCAGGAGAGCCUAUUAUUGCCUUCCGAUCGGAUAAGGCCCUAUCUGUAGAAGAGGACGAAACUUACAAGGGAAGUUUGUCAGUUUAUGAUGAACUAAAUGUAUGGGCGCAAGAGAAAUGUGUGCCAUUUGUAAGAGAAAUAACGUUUGAAAAUGCUGAAGAGCUGACGGAGGAGGGCUUACCGUUCCUUAUAUUGUUUCAUGCUCCUGAUGACUUGCAAAGUGUCAAGCAGUACAAAUCUAUCGUAACUAAGUCAUUACUAAGUGAAAAACAAAAUAUCAAUUUCUUAACCGCCGACGGCCUGAAAUUUGCGCAUCCGCUGCACCAUUUAGGGAAAAGCACAUCGGACUUGCCACUGAUCGCGAUAGACAGCUUUAGACACAUGUAUCUGUUCAAGGACUUCAAUGACAUUUUUGUGGAAGGAAAACUCAAGGCUUUUCUGCAGGACUUGUAUUCCGGAAAGCUUCAUCGCGAGUUCCAUUACGGUCCGGAAAUCAGUAGCAAUGAAAUACCAGUUACCGGGAAACAGGUGAAAACGCCCACAACGCCGCCGGAGUCAGCGUUUAAAAAACUGGCGCCAAGCAAAAAUAGAUAUACAAUAGUUAAGGAUGAACUGUAAUGAGAUUGAGUGCAGUACAGUGCAGCAAGAUUUUCGUAAUUAAUUUAAAUGCAAUAUACUAGAGAAGAAGUGAGCAACAUUCGGGGAUGUUCUAACAUUCGAUAUAAUUACAUAUUAUUUUCGUAGUGCGUUUGUAAUGCGAGUCUUCUAAGACCUCGACGAAUCCGUUUUUCCUCCUCCGCGGUUUAUUCCCCUCGUAUUCUUUUCGUAGGACGUUUUAAUUUACUCAUUAUUUGAUUAAAAAAAAACAUCAAUAUUAUUUCUUAAUUAUACAUGAUUUUCACAUCCAUAGACAAAAUACAACAUAGCAAUUUAUUUUUUAUAAAAAUCUCAUGUUUGCGCGAUCUAUUGUCGGCAAACGAACGGCUAAGAACAAAAGGUUCUUUUCCUUUUAAUAAGGUGUGUCUGUUCUUCUUAAAGUGAGUUGCUGCGAGCAAGUUUUAUAUCGACUGUGAAACUUUGGCAUCUACCAAUGUCAAUAAUUACGUAUCAGAUCUUUUUACAUAUACUAUAAAGCGAUCGUGCGAGUUAAUGUCGUUAUUGUUGAUCUCUGCAAUUCCGAGAUGUCCUUUAUAUGUAAAGAGAUUUGAUUUACACAAUCUCCUCUCGUAUCCCAUCGGAAAUCUUGGCACAAUAUUUAGUAACACUUAUACGUGGACACGUUCGUCGAGAAUCCGUAGCGUAAAUGUGUUCUCGAGAAUAUAUGAUAAUAUCAUGAUGCGUGCGUGCAUGUGUAUACCAUUGGCCGUAUUGCAUAUGGGGCAAUUGUUUCUGAAUGAGGUAUAUGACGAAGAGAGUGAGUGAGAGUCUGUCGUAUGAUCGUAAUAUUCGAGCAAGUGAAAUCUCAACGCGCCCUCGUAAGAUAGUCAUAGGAUGCAUUAUUUGUAUGAUUGAUGAUAUUGUUUCGCCUGUUAAUAAAUAAUUUCUAAGUCAAAA